AAAAUCCAUUUAUACAAGUUUCAAACUUCAGUUUCUAUCUCAAUGCAUAAUCUCCUUCUCUUGUUGGCUCCUUUCCUUCUAUUCGUCCUUAGCAUCAAACUAGUCUUGUCUAAGAGAUCAGUUAGAGGACUACCACCUUCUCCAUGGAAGCUCCCAAUUAUUGGAAACCUCCACCAGCUUGGCUUGCUAGCCCAUCAAUCCCUUCACAAGCUCUCAAUGAAGCAUGGCCCUCUCAUGUUUCUUAAACUUGGUCAAGUUCCAACAUUAGUGGUUUCAUCUUCUGAAAUGGCAAGGGAGAUCAUGAAGACUCAUGAUCUUGUCUUUGCAAGCAGGCCUGUUCUGAAAGCUUCUCACACAGUUCUUUAUGGGAACAAUGACUUGGCCUUGGCACCCUAUGGUGAGUAUUGGAGUAUCCUUCUCAGCCAAACCAGUUGGCAUGCUGCUGAUGUAGCUGCUAUAUACUCAGCCUCAGUUGAGGAGAGAGCCACAACGUCCUGCUUCUUCGAUGACCAAGUGACUGAGCAUGAUCCAAUCCUGCACAACAUUCCUGAGAAUAACCCCAACGACUGUGUUCCUGCAAGGUACUUCAAGACUCUCUUCGCUGCAUUGAGAUGCACUUCACUUGGCCUGCUCAUAAAUCUUGAUAGGAAGUUAACGGAUCGUGACGCCGGCGAGCCUCCGUUCACGUGCUCUGCUGGAAUGAAAGGUGAAGCUCCUGUGACGACGAUGAUGAUGUUCAGUGAAGAAGUUCCACCUCAGCUCCAACAGAUGAGAAAGAUAUGUGUGACUCAUCUCCUCAGCAUGAGAAGGGUGCACUCAUUUCAGGCUGCAAGGGAAAAGGAGGUCGCUCAUUUGAUGGAUAAGAUUGUUUCUCAUGUUUCUUCUCAUCCAUUAAAGGCAUUGAACAUGAGUCGAGUGUUGUUUUGCUUCACUAACGACAUGCUUUGCAGAGCCAUAUUGGGUGAGUUCUCCAGAGAUCAAGAAGGUAGGAAUGAGAUAUUUUUGGAAAUGAUAGAGGAAAACAUGAUUUUAUUUAGUGGCUUUAAUUUGGAGGAUUACUUUCCUUCACUUGGAUGGUUAACUUCAUUGCUUGGAUUUGAUGAGAGGGCUAAAAGAAAUUUCAGAAGGUGGGAUGGUGUUCUGAGUCAGAUGAUUGAGGAACAUAAGAACAAAGAGGAUGGAAAUCUCAAAGAUGAUGACUUUGUGGAUGUCUUACUCUCACUCAAGAAAGAUCCUGACCUUGAUUUUAGUCUUAAUGAUGAGCACAUCAAAGCUCUCCUAGUGGAUAUGUUUUCAGCAGGAAUAGAUACAUCAUAUAUAGUGCUUGAAUGGGGUAUGGCAGAGCUUCUUGGGAACCCAAAUGUAAUGAAAAAGCUACAAGAUGAAAUUAAUGGCUUAGCAAGUGGGAAAUCAAUGGUUAAUGAAGAUGAUUUAAGUAAGAUGUGCUACCUAAAAGCUGUAGUCAAAGAGAUUCUUAGACUUCAUCCUCCAGCUCCGUUACUUCUUCCAAGAGAAUCCAUAGGUAGUUGCCAAAUUGAAGGCUACAAAAUACCAGAUAAAUGCAGGGUUUUUAUUAAUUAUUGGGCCAUUGCAAGAGAUCCUAAAGUAUGGGAUAUGCCUGACAACUUUAUACCAGAGAGGUUUGUGAAUAAUACUAUAGAUUUUAAGGGACAAGACUUUGAAUACAUUCCUUUUGGUUCAGGUAGGAGAAUAUGCCCUGGAAUAGGGUUUUCAAUCCCCCUCGUAGAACUUGCGUUAGCAAAUCUUGUCUUUAAAUUUGAGUGGAAAUUGCCGGAUGAUCAUGUUGGUGAAGUGGACAUGACUGAAGCACCUGGACUAACAACUAAAAUGAUUAAAAACUUAUGUCUUGUUCCUAAGCCUUGUUUCUGA